GGAAUAUAUCGAGAAAUUUCGUGUGUUUUAUUUCAGUUAAAUCAUCAUUUUUUGGGGCUGGCCAAGAGCGUGUGGCCCAGGAGUUAGGGAGUUCUUGGUUAUCAAUCAGUAUUCGUAGGGCCUGGCGACCUAAUCGUGACCUGUCAACGAAAUAGUGUUUUGUGUUCGGAUUCGGUGGAGUUACGUAGUCGCAGCCGGUCUGGGAUUGGGAAAUAAUGUUGAAGGGCCUGCGGCAUGUGCGGAAUGCGCUGCACCGCGGUGGCUCCCAGUUGGCCCAGAUCCGCAGUGCCACAGGACAGCCCCCAAGGAUUGGGCGGGAACUGUCGCUCCUUCAACUUAGCCGGCGGCAGGUGAUGCAGCUGCAGGCGGAGUACAAAGCGAUUGUGAGCCUAAUAGCUCGCUCCCUGCAGCUGACCUCCAAGGAGGUGCGACUGAUGCACCUGCGCAGCCUGAGCAGCGCCGCAAAACCUCCUACUGGCGCGGAUGGCAAGCCGGAAAAGCAUGGACAGGCGGACAAGGGCAGUGCCAAGACUGAAGAUGAUUCGUCCAAGGAGAAGAAAUCAGUUGCCGCGGCGGAUGAUGGGGAUAAGAGCAGCAGGGCACCAGGAGAGGAUGCCGCCAGGACCGCCAGUAAUCCCAGUCCUAGCAGUUCCAUUGGUGAGCCCGGCGACGAUCCCAACAAAAACAGCAACGAGAAUGACGAGAAGAUGCGUUCUGUACUGACCAAGGCCGUACUGUGGCUCUUUACCAUCUACAUGUUUGUGGCCUUCUUUUCCCUGCUAAUUACACCGCGUUCCGAGAGACCAGAGGGUUCCACGCGCUAUGUGUCGUGGAACGAGUUCGUGCACCACAUGCUGGCCGUGGGUGAGGUCAAGGAGCUGAUCAUAAGACCCGACAUGGAGAUGGUGACCAUCAUUCUGCACGAAGGAGCCGUCAUCAAGGGUCGGAAGGUGUCUUCCACCAUCUUUCACAUGGCGGUGGCUGAUGCCAACAAGUUCGAGGAGAAGCUGCGUGAUGUGGAAAAGCGUUUGGGCAUCAAGGAUGGUGUGCCGGUCACCUACGACCGGCAGACGGACACCACCGGUCGUAUUCUCAUGCUGCUGCUCGUCUGCGCCCUGCUUAUGUCCAUUGCCACACGCAUGAAGAGUAUGAAGAGCCCGCUGAGCAUGGAUUCAUUUAACCAAAUGGGCCGUGCCAAGUUUACGCUGGUCGAUCCCUUCGAUGGCGGUCGCGGUGUGCUUUUCCGGGACGUGGCCGGUCUCAGCGAGGCGAAACAGGAGGUGAAGGAAUUUGUGGAUUACCUCAAGUCGCCGGAGAAGUACCAGCGGCUGGGCGCCAAAGUGCCGCGAGGAGCCCUGCUCCUGGGUCCACCGGGAUGCGGCAAGACGCUACUGGCCAAGGCGGUCGCCACCGAGGCCCAGGUACCGUUCCUCAGCAUGAACGGCUCCGAGUUCAUCGAGAUGAUUGGCGGUCUGGGGGCCGCACGAGUGCGUGAUCUGUUCAAGGAGGGCAAGAAGCGGGCGCCAUGCAUCAUUUACAUCGAUGAGAUAGAUGCCAUCGGUCGUCAACGUUCGGGAACGGAAAGCAUGGGACAGGGCAGCUCUGGCGAAUCGGAGCAGACGCUCAACCAGCUGCUGGUCGAGAUGGACGGCAUGGCCACCAAGGAGGGCGUGCUGAUGUUGGCCAGUACGAACCGAGCUGAUAUCCUAGACAAGGCCCUACUGCGGCCCGGUCGCUUUGAUCGCCACAUUCUCAUCGAUUUGCCCACUCUGGCGGAGCGCAAGGAGAUCUUUGAGAAGCAUCUAUCUUCGGUCAAACUGGAGUCGCCGCCCACGACCUUCUCACAACGAUUGGCCCGCCUGACACCCGGGUUUUCGGGCGCAGACAUCGCCAACGUGUGCAAUGAGGCCGCCCUGCAUGCGGCGCGUAACACACAGAAGGAGGUCAGCAGCAAGAACCUUGAGUACGCCGUAGAACGCCUAGUUGGCGGCACUGAGAAGCGUUCGCAUGCCCUGUCGCUGGCGGAGCGCAAGGUAAUCGCCUACCACGAAUCGGGACACGCCCUGGUCGGCUGGAUGCUGCCCAACUCGGACAUCCUGCUCAAGGUGACAAUCGUGCCGCGCACUAGUCUGGCGCUGGGCUUUGCACAGUACACGCCAAGCGAACAACAUUUGUACACCAAGGAGGAGCUGUUCGACAAGAUGUGCAUGGCUCUCGGCGGCCGAGCUGCCGAGAAUCUAGUCUUUAACCGCAUAACGACCGGCGCCCAGAACGACCUGGAGAAGGUGACCAAGAUUGCGUACUCGCAGAUCAAGAAGUUCGGCAUGAACGACACCCUGGGCCCCAUCUACGUACGGGACGCGGAUGAGACGGAGGGCGGCGGUGCGAUGGGCAGCGGUGGCAAGAAGCCCUUCUCGCGGGCCAUGGAGAGCAUGAUCGACAACGAGGCGCGACAUGUGGUGGCCAGCGCCUACCAGACCACCGAGGGGAUACUCACUGCGCAUCGCGAUAAGCUGGAAAAGCUGGCUGAAGCUCUGCUGGAGAAGGAAACGCUGGACUACGACCAGGUGGUGCAGCUGAUCGGUCCUCCGCCAUACGAUCUGGGCAAGCGGCAAGUGGAGAGCGUGGAGUUUGAGCAGUCACUGAAGAACCUGGGCACCGACACGGACGCCACAAAAGCCUGAGGCUAUGACUUAGACUCAGACUCCGACUCCGACUCAGACUCAGAUCCCAAGUCAUAGCCAUAGUCAUAGUCUUCAAACUCAUACGCCACGUGCCCCGAGUCGCUCACCUUUUUGCCCGCCCCUGGCUCAUGUGCGUUGAAUGUAAAUAAAGUUGUUUACCUUUCUACAUGA